AUGUCUACCACACCAUCAUCCCACAGCUCCGCCACCGCGCGCGAUGCCACCACAAACUACUCCUACGAUCUCAGCAACGCGAUAUACGGCGCUUUCCCACACUGCGCAAUCGAUAUCUCGCCACGCAGAUCACGCGCUGCAUCUCCAGCGUCCGCAUCAACAUCAAAUUCUUCAAAGAAGCGCGCAGGCACGGCUACCGCAAACACCACCGGCACUGCAAACCGCACACUCUGCCGCCAAGCCAUAAGUCUGCACCGCGAAAACGCGCCUCCAACCUGGCUGCCUGCACCCAAUUCCACCACUACCACCAAUAAACGCAGUGCGCUCGCGAGACGCCAGCAAGGACAGCAAGGCAUGAAUAUCCACGCUAGCACGUGCCUCAACCUCAAUGCCAGCACCGAAGAAGACUGUUCUGAAGCGGAUCUGUGGAUUUUGCCUGAGCUUGACGACUGGGAAGAAGACGAAACCGAAACCGAAUCUACGAUUUUGACGCCUUCGAGUUCUGCGGAGUUGGAUGCUGGGAGACCGGCGGCUGGGGGAAUGGAGAAUAAGUGGGCUGGAGUACUACGCCGCGCCGCUAACAGCAAUCUGGAGCGACUUCGGAUGAGAAUGGAGGGUGAGGGGUGGGAUUUUGUUAAGGCCGCCAACCAGGACGCCGAAGAUCUGGAUGAGGAAUUCGACGUCGUUAUUUGUGGCAAAGAGUAG